CCCACGCGUACCCCCGCCCGAUCCGCCCGGCGCGGUCGCUGGUUUAAAGACCCCCGAGGGGCGCCGUGCUUUUGGCUGACGCGCGUGGGCUUGAGGAAGAAGCGGCGGGUGGCAACAGCAGCGCCGGUCCCACGCGCGGAGGGGACAGGGCUGCGCCGCAGCAGCAGCCAGCGCGGCUAAACGCGCCCCCCGCACCCCCCCCCCCCCCCCGCGUGGGGCGGAGCUGGGGCUGAGGCGACAAGAUGGCGGCGGUGCUGAGGGCCGUGAAGCGGGGGCGGCUGGUGGUGGGAGCGCCGAACCUCGAUUUUACUCGUUCUGCGUUUGUUGCAAAAAAACAUACUUAUGACCAGCCAAACUGGUUUAGAGUCGGCUUGGCUUUUAGCACCACUGCUGCCUUGUGGGCUCUUCUUUUCAAGCAGCAUAAUGAAGAUGUAAAGGAAUAUGAAAGAAGAAAAGAAGAGAGUCAGCAUAAGUGUACAGGAUGUUCAUAGUUGACAGUAUGGUCAGUAAGAAAUAACAUGAUCGCCAGUUGUACAACAAAUAACUGUGCACAGCAGAAGUACAAAGUAUCUAAAUACUUCUAUGUUCAUACAUUUCAUGUGUAGAAUUAAGAAAUAAAUUAAAAAGUCUGGAAGAAA